AUGAUCAUACUCUUCUUCAAGAUCCUGUUACUGUUGUUGUCUUUGUUGAGCUUUCCUUUGUUGCUUUGCCACAUCGCCUGUGACGACAACGACGAGAUCAACAACGACUCCAGCAAGCACGACAACCAGUACUUUGACUUGUAUGACCCUGGCACCAUUUGCACUUCGGUCGUCCCACCCACCGAUCCAACGCUGAACUUUGCUAUACAGGAAGGUGGCUGCUUUGAAAUGGAAAUCAUUUGCCCAGCUGGUUCAAGCAUCGGCAUCGCCACUCCGGGAAGCAAUGAACUUGUCCUUCUCACCACAGAUGACUUGGCUAGUGUCCAC